ACUCCCAGACUCUUCCCUUGUGUUCAUUUUUCUUCUCUUCACCGUUUCCCUUAGCCCUUCUCUUCAUCUUACUUCCUACUUUUUAAGGUGAAUUUGUUGGGUGAUGAGGGCAGUUUUCUCUUUUUAUCUUACUCCUAAAAUUCUCCAGGAAUCACAGGAAGCAGUGUUUUCCCGAUUUCUCUGGUGAUAGAAAUAGCGAUAGUGAUUUCAGUGUUACAGAGUAUUCCCCGUAUCAUGGCUGGAGGUUAUGGAGUGAUGGGAGAUGAUGGCUCUAUUGAUUACACCGUUCAUGAAGCCUGGAAUGAGGCCACCAACGUGUACCUGAUAGUGAUUCUUGUUAGCUUUGGCCUUUUCAUGUAUGCCAGAAGGAAUAAGAGGAAGAUCAUGAGAAUAUUCAGUGUGCCUCCCGUGUCAGAAACUUUGACAGAAUCCAACUUCUAUGACACGAUGAGCAAAAUCCGUUUAAGGCAACAACUAGAAAUGUAUUCUAUUUCAAGGAAAUAUGACUAUCAGCAGCCACAAAACCAGACUGACAGUGUACAACUAUCCCUGGAAUGAAUGAAUGCUUAGCACAAGUUAUAGUUUGCUGACAGUUCGGUAGCAGUCAGUUCAGAACUCUUUCUCGCAAAAGCUGAAGAGCAUAAAUUUAUUUGAAUUUAUGCAUAAAACCAUGUCACUUUUUAAUUAUUUUGCCUGUAUAGAUUAUUUCGUUAUCUUGUAAAUGAAAAUGGUACAGCAACUUUAAAUAUGGGGCAAUUUGACAUGAGGAAUAUAUUUGAGUAGAUACAAGUUUUGUUUAAAAGAGGAUACUUGUAGCAUGUAGUUUACUUUCCCGUCUUAGGGAAGAAAUGGUCAGUCAAGGAUGAAAAAGUUAUUGUCAGAUUCCUGGCAGUUUACCACAGCUAAUGUGAAAGAGACCCUACAUGUGGAGGAGUGGAAAGAGAGCUGGGUUUGGAAGCAGUUGACCCAAGACCAUACCCCGGUGCUGCCACUCAGUGCCUCUGUAUCCCUGGGUAAAUGACUCAACCUCUCCAGGCCUCUGUUUUCUAAAAUAUAAAUGAGAGAAUUGGAUCAGGUGAACCCCAGGGGCCUUUCCAGGUCUAAAUACUAUGACCUCAAUCUCAUUUCAGACAUUUUUUUAAUAACUUUAAAAAUGGAGAAGAGUUAUUAGUUGAGCAUUCUGCACUCUCAUUUCUAGGACUUCUUUGUUAAGUUUGACCCACCAGCCUUUGCAAAUGACUGUCUUUUUUUUUUUUUAUGGUUUUACCUUUUCCUAAUUUAAAAAGCCUUUUUGUGAUUGCUUUUUCCCUUGAUUGUAUUGCUGUGGUUUAUCCCUCCUCCCAUUUUUUUUUUUUUACUUCAACUCUCUAGUUGGGAGGGAAAGGGGACAGCCAGAGGAAGAGUGGGUGGGUACUCUGAUGAGUCACUGGGGUGAGCUGUGCCUGCCUGGGCCUCUGUGUUUGGGUACUGGCCCCAUUACAGCCAUUGUGUAUUGUUUACACUUUUCAACUAUUAGCUUCUUGGAAAAAUCUCGUCUAUUACAUGCUUCACUAUAUUACAAUAUUCAAAAGGGUAUUUAUGGACUAUGCAUAUUUUUUCAUGUUUUAUUUAAUAUCAGGCAAUUAUUUAAAUAGAGGAUAAUUGAUUAAAAGGUGGUAAAAUUGUAGACGUUUAACUGCCCAUUUAGUUAACCAAGAUUCAAUAUCUGAAUCGUAGCUAUUCUUAAUUUUCAAAGACAAAACAAGUAGUGGAAAGAGAGCUGGGUUUGGAAGCAGCUGACCCAAGACCAUACCCCAUACAAAACAAGUAUUAUUUAUCAACACCUCUACAGAUGUAAGAAUUGAUUCAUAAUACAGUUUUGAAGAUUAAAAACAUAAAAUCAAGAAAACGCAAUUUCCUGUUUUUAAAGUUAAAUUACAUUGUUCAAAGGGCAUUUUGUUGGCUCUGAAUUGUCUCACUACAUGAAGCAGUUCAUUCCAGCCACAUAAGUUACUUUCAGUGCCAGUCUAUUCUAGUAAUUAAAGAUUAGCUAAAAAUUUAUAAACAAAAGCAUAUAGUUAGGGAAAAGUGGGGAGUGGAGUGCAAGGGGAUCAGUGUUCUACAAGGCUUUGUUCUUAUGAGAAGUGCCCUCUAGCCCCAAGAAAAGAGCACCAAAGGUCUAGUCCAUAGUUUGCCACUGAGACGAAGAGCAAACCACCUAAGGUGACUGAAUUUCCUCAUUUCCCUUCACUGAAAGGGGGUUGUCACCAAAAACCAGUAGAUUAUUUUGGUGACAAACCUUGGCAACUAAGGGAGAAGUUUGUAGAGUUGAGAUGAUGGAUGGGGUUCACCCCCACAUCUAAAUUUUUCUGUUCUUGUUCCCAAGCCAACUCAACACAGCUGGAAGAAGUCAUAAAUAUUUGCUUAUUGGGUCCAUUACAAAUUCAGACCAUCCAAUUCAUGGCUUAACUAGGCCUUCAACCCUGUUUUGCAAUCCUUUUAUCAAUCUCUGACUCAUCAUACUACUUACAAUGGCUGGUGGUUCCAAAUAUCCUCCUCAGGCCCUUGACUUCACCAGCCCCUUUCAGCUGAUGACUUCUACUCAGUUGAGGAUUACAAUCUAUGUGCAAAAAUUAGCUAAUCGGAACACAGUAUUUUUUAGCCAAUGGGGUAGGUGAUACAGGGACAUUUAUUCAAUUCCUCCCUUAUAUGGACAUAGCUCAGGAGCAGAUCGAAUUGCGACCAGCCUAGAGUUUCCCUGAAUCAUGUGAUUUUAUUUGUUGGGAGUUGGGGGGGGGGGGGGCGGUAAGAAGCAGACCGGAUUGAGAGAAGACCAAACCUCAUUUCCUCAUACCUUCACUCACCCAUAAUGAAAUUUUUUUCAGCCAAAGUAAAUUCCUAGCCAUUCUAGAUCUCAUCUGGCUGUCACCCACCUCUGCUCUUUAAUGCAGGCUGUCCGUCAUCAUUGGAAUGCACUCCCUCUUCAUUUCUGCCUUUAAAAUACUUAUCUUCCUCCAACAUCCAUUUUGAGUAUCUUUGAUAAAGCCUUCUCUGACCCUCCUACAAACGCAUUAAAUCUGUCCACUAGCAUUUAUUAAGCACGUAAUACAUGUUAGGCACCAUCCUAGGUACUGGGCAUACACAGCAAAAAAGCCUCUGUCUUCAAGGAGCUUACACUCUAUCCAAUACAACAGUGGGGGGGGGGGGGAGGGGAGGGGGUGGUGGUAGGUACUAUAAGCUUUGGGGAAUCCGAUAAGGUGGUGCCUGAGCUGAUUCUUGAAGGAAACGAGGAUUCUAACAAGAGUGGGCAUAAGGAAGUACAUUCCAGGCAUGGGAGUCAGCCAAUAA